AUGACCACAAGAACCGUUCUUAAUUCUUUCCUUGCUAGAGAGCAAGCAGAAGGCCAAGGUGCUAGAGUCAGAAGAUCUAUUGGUACCAGCAACUUGAGAAACUUCACUCCAUUCUUGAUGCUCGAUCACUUCAAUGUCACUCCUGGAAUUGGUGGUUUCCCAUCACACCCUCACCAUGGUCAAGAAACCAUUACUUAUAUCACUGAAGGUGCUAUGGCCCAUGAGGAUUUCACUGGCAGUGCAGGGAUUUUGUAUCCGGGUGAUUUGCAAUUCAUGACCGCUGGUAAAGGUGUGGUGCAUAGCGAGAUCCCAGUUAAAUUGAAGGAUGAUCCAACCAAAGCGUGCGUUGGGAUGCAAUUGUGGGUUGAUUUGCCAGAAAAUUUGAAGAAUUGUCCCCCAAGAUACAGAGAUUUGAAAGGGGGAGAAAUUCCUAUUGCUAAACCAAAUGAUAAAGUUGAAGUAAAAGUCAUUAGUGGAUCAUCGUAUGGGGUUGGAUCAUUGAGAGACUUGGCGUACACUCCAGUGUGUUACUACCAUUACACCGUCAAGCCUGGAGGAGAGUUCAAGCAAGAAGUCCCAACCGAUUUCAAUUCAUUCAUUUAUUUGAUGCAAGGUGAUUUGUCCAUCAAUAAAAAGACCUACAAGCAACACAAUGCAGUUUUCUUCAACAGAGAUGGUGAUCACAUUGAAGGCAAAAACGAUUCCGACAAAGAUGUUAGUUUUGUGUUGAUUGGUGGUGCGGUUUUAGACCAAAGAAUCGUCCAAUAUGGUCCAUUUGUCGAAACCAGCUCCGAGAAGAUCCAAGAGGUGUUCAGAAACUAUCAAUUUGGUAUCAACGGUUUUGAGAAGGCCCAAGAAUGGCAAGCCAAGAUCGACAUUGGUGUCAAUGAAGGGGAUGUUGUUGGUAACAAAUCCUAA